AUUUAAUGCAGAAAAAGCAUGGCAUUAAUGUUGUCUGAAAGUUCGUUAUUUUUAUCAGUAAUGCCUGUGAGGUACAACUUCUAACCACUUGCAUAAGAAUUAAUGCAUGCUCAACAUAUUUCAUUUUCAGGUAUGUCAGGACACAGCAACGAUACUACAGCAGUUGAUGAAUCUCAUCCAGCCGCAGAAGAGGUCCUGUCUGACUCUGAGGAGUUCGCAAUGGCUCAAGAGUCUCCUAAAAAUUCAGCAGCAGAAAUUCCUGUGACCAGUAAUGGAGAGUUUGAAGAUUCGCGUGAACGGAAUUUUAACAGGGAUUUGAAACGUUCGUUACCAGUUGGACUUGGUCUCUCGGAAACCCAAAUAACAUCUCAUGGCUUUGACAGCAACAAAGAGGGAAUCAUUGAAGCAGGGCCAUUUCAAGGUUCCUCAGCAUCACCCAUAUCAUCUAUUAUAUCUCCUAGCAAUGCAGCAGCUAGCAGACUGGCUGGACAGGGAAGUGAUUUAAUUAUUCCCACAGGUAGUGUGAGAAUGCAGCAGAAAAGUGGACCAGUUGUUCUAGCGGACGAAGUAAAGAAUCCAGCAAUGGAAAAAUUGGAACUUGUGAGAAAAUGGAGCCUAAAUACUUACAAGUGUACUCGUCAGAUCAUUUCUGAGAAACUGGGCCGAGGCUCAAGAACAGUAGACCUGGAACUGGAAGCCCAAAUAGACAUAUUGAGAGAUAACAAAAAAAAGUAUGAAAAUAUCUUAAGACUGGCGCAGACUUUGUCCACCCAACUCUACCAGAUGGUUAACACCCAAAGGCAACUUGGAGAUGCAUUUGCAGACCUUAGUUUGAAAUCAUUGGAACUCCAUGAGGAAUUUGGAUACAAUGCAGAUACUCAGAAACUUCUAGCUAAAAAUGGAGAGACGCUUCUUGGUGCUAUUAACUUUUUUAUUGCCAGUGUGAACACAUUGGUAAAUAAAACAAUUGAAGAUACGUUACUGACUGUGAAACAGUAUGAAAAUGCCAGGAUUGAAUAUGAUGCCUAUCGCACAGAUCUAGAAGAACUUAAUCUUGGUCCCCGUGAUGCUAACACUCUACCAAAGAUUGAACAGUCACAGCAGCAAUUCCAAAUGCAUAAAGAGAAAUAUGACAAAAUGCGCAAUGAUGUAUCUAUCAAAUUAAAAUUUUUGGAGGAAAAUAAGGUUAAAGUAUUGCACAAUCAACUCGUUCUGUUCCACAAUGCCAUUGCAGCAUACUUCUCUGGGAAUCAGAAGCAGCUUGAACAGACACUUAAACAGUUCCACAUCAAAUUGAAAACUCCUGGAGUAGAUGCUCCAUCCUGGCUUGAAGAACAGUAAUCAAACCAGAAAAGAGGAACAUUGUUUAAUCUAGAAUCUGUACAUCUGAUACUGAUUAAAAAAAAUUAAAGGGUUGGGGUAGAAGUACUGUGGCAGUGAUUCUUGCACAAACAGCUUUAAUUUUUUCCCUUUUGUAAUACUGUAACUGAAUAUAGUGGGAGGAUGGGUGGCUUUUAGGUACCCGAGCAUAAUUUCUGUCAUUUCAGAAUUUGAGUACUCCUUUUGUAUGUGACGGGUUGAUGGGUAUUUCUGUAGUUUAAAAAAUAUAUAGAUUUGCACUGAUAAGAUGUUUGUGGUUUCUGGUCAUUGUGGUGGCUAGUCAAAAUAUUUCUAAUGGGAGGUUUACAUGAUUUGUACCAACAUCUGAUAUUUUAUA